UUGUGUGACCCAGCUGAGGAACCAGUUGCAGCCGGAGGAAGUCAACCUAAAAGGCCUUGCCGCAUCAACUAUGAAGCAAAAGCUCUAAUUGAAAAAAUCUUGACGACAAAGCCUGGAGGUGACCGUAUCAUGGAGGAGUAUGCAAAAACAAAAUCCAUUACAGAUUCAACCAGAAGACAGCUAAUCAACAUACUUACCGCAGAGAUGACAGAAAAACAUGGGACAUCUCCGCCCCGGAGUGUGAGAGUGAUGUAUGCACAGGGGAUUGUCGCUCUGUUUCCAUAUCUUGAAGACCCAUCUUCACAGAAUGGCUAUGAUCAUUACUACGAUCCUGAAAGGGGUUCAGGAUACCUUGCAUGGCGGUUGAAGACUAUUCAAAGAAAAGCUGCAGAGGAAAGAGGUCCAGCAGUUAGUAGAUCUCCUAAAGUUGGUGGUCCAGGCCAUGGGCGUACUAGACCCUUUACUGCCGACCAAGUCCUGACUGACGAGGAAGUGGAAUCCGCUAUCGCUGUGUUGAGACACACUGCUGAUGAGUACACCAUCCGUGAGAAGAUGAAAGUCACUUUCAGUUAUCGCCAUGCCAUGGUCAAUGAUAAUGACAAAUCAGCAGAGGUCUUCUCAGUAUUUCCACGGUUCCUGGACACACCAGGACUGAUAGAACAGGAUUUCAGACUUAUGUUUGGUGAGCAGACUGCCAACAAUUUCCUGGAGAGGUGGCCUACCACUUUCAAAGCAAAAGUAAUUAAGGAAAGCCAUGGACUGGUCCCCUCCACAGACCUUCUUGAUUUGAUGCGCAACGCUGAGACAUCUACUGAAGUCGAAAAUGGCUGGGACAGUGACAUGUCAACCAUCAUACUGCUGCUACAUCUGCUACCGCCAUCCGCACAGGGACGAAAGAGGCCAGGGAAGAUCUCAGCAUCUCAUGCAGUAGAUCACCUCAUCAAAUUCCAAAAGACGGGAACAAGCGUGCAGCAGCAUCUUGACACCAUAAGUCAAAGCAGUCAGCCCUACCUCCUUGCUCAGGGACCCACAAAAAGCAGCAUUACCUCCUUCUUCAUUGCUAUCGACAAGCAUGCACUUCCAUGCAAAGCAACCAGCGCAGUCGGAGCCCUGGAUGAACUCUUUAAGGCCCACUACGUCUUUUGUACAUCUUACAGUCCUGUGUUGAAUAAUUUCUUCACUUUUUUGCAAACCACCAUUUACAGCAUUGAUGUGGGGGAAACGAAGGAAACGCCAAGAAUCGCAGAGUUGCGAGUGCGAAUGGUGCGUUAAACAAUGAGGUGCUUUCUUUGCAGCAAAGAACUUGGUGAGGCAAAAAAUCUUAUAAAGCACCUCAAAGUUAUACAUGGACUCUGUACAGGAAAGACUCUUCAUCUUAAAUGUGGCGAAGUGGGAUGCUCACGUUUUUUUAAUAGUUUUUCGGGUUUUAGGAAGCAUCUUAACAAGUCCCAUGUGAAUAGUGGUUUUAAUGUUGUUGUUGAAACUGAACCACCACGUUGUCAAAGUGUUCUAAAUAGUGAUGAAAGUCCUGCAGAAGAGCCAUAUGAGGCUGAGGUUGAGUCAGAGCAAGCGUUAUCCUCAGAACAUCUUGUAAAUAGUUGUGCCUCUGUCAUUUCAGAUCUUAAGGCAGCAGGUGUAGCCCAGUCUGUUAUUAAUUCAGUUGUGACCUCUAUGGAGGAUAUUGUGCAGGAUAUACAUGAGCAUGCUAGAGAGUCAGUCAUCCAGGGUGUUUUUCAUGAUCAAAGAGGAACUGAAUCAUGCAAGAAAGUUGAGGGAUGUUUUGACCAAUUAGAGAAUCCAUUCACAGCUCUAAAUUCAGAAUACAAACAAUCAAAAUUUAUGACCAGCAAAUGGGAAACUGUGGAGCCAGUGGAGCUUGUAAUUGGCUCAAGAUUUGACUUGAGGCUCAACAAAAAGACAGGAACAUAUGACCAAGUAGUAGUUAAAGACAAAUUUAUGUAUGUUCCAAUUUUAUCGACAUUAAACUCAAUAUUUAAAAGUGAACAUGCCAGAGAAAUGCUCAAAAGCCCAAAUAUAAGUGAUUCAAAACUCAAAGAUAUUUGUGAUGGCUCUUUCUUCAACACUCAUCCUCUAUUUUCAACAGAGAGACACACUGUACAGAUUCAAAUGUUUUAUGACGAUUUCGAGAUUGCCAACCCCUUGGGGUCCAAGAAGGGAGUUCAUAAAAUGGGUGGUAUUUAUUUUACUUUAAGGAAUUUCUCACCGAAGUGGAAUUCUAUUUUGGCCAAUAUACAUCUUUGUGCCUUGUUUCAUGCUCAGGAUAUAAAGCGUUACGGUUUUAGUGCUAUUUUAGAUCCUAUUGUUUGUGAUCUCAAACAGUUAGAGAGUAAUGGCAUUGAUAUUCCAUUGUAUGGUGGUUGUGUUCGUGGCAGUGUUAUACAGGUGACUGGAGAUAAUUUAGGCCUACAUAGUUUGUUUGGUCUGGUUGAGAGUUUCAGUGCAAGGUAUUGCUGUAGGUUUUGUUUAGCCGAAAAAGAGGACUUCCAAACUGAAUUCUCCGAAGAGUCUCCCAAAAUAGUGUUGCGUACCAAAGAGGCCCACAGUGCUCACUGCCAAGAAAUGGCACAUAGGCCUUCUCUUCCUUAUGUAUUUGGCGUGAAGAGAUCAUGCUUACUAAAUUCACUUACAUAUUUUCACACAACCGAGAACUACUCAGUUGAUGUGAUGCAUGAUCUUUUAGAAGGUGUGGCCCAAUUUGAAUUAAAGCAGCUGUUUUUUUAUUUGAAAGAAAAAAUUACACUGGCAGAACUGAAUUCAAGAAUACUAUGUUUUGAUUAUGGAUUUACAGAGAGAUGUAAUAGGCCAGUGGCUGUGAAUUUAAGUGCAGAGUCUAAUGAUUUGGGACUAAACGCAAUUCAGUCAUGGUGCUUGCUGAGGAAUGUUCCCCUUAUAUUUGGAGAUUUGGUAGCCUCUACAGACCAACACUGGACCCUGCUUUUAUUGUUGUUACAGAUCGUCAACAUUGUUUUCUCGCCCAUUUUAUCUCAAGGCUUAUGCGUGUAUUUGAAACAUUUGAUUGUUGAGCAUCACACACUGUUCAAGGAGGUAUAUCCUCAUAAAAGACUGUUACCAAAACAUCAUUUCCUGAUUCAUUACCCUAGAUGCAUUCAGAAAAUAGGACCUGUACUCCAUAGCUGGUGCAUGCGAUAUGAAGGUAAACACAAUUUUUUCAAGACACAGCUUAAGUCCUUUAAAAAUGUCACCAAAACAUUGGCCAAAAAGCACCAGAAUCAUAUGGCACACAAGUGGCGAUCCUCAACAACCUUCCUUCGCUUGGACAUUGGUCCAGGAAAAUGUGUCUCUUUAAAUAUGAUUAAAGGUGGUUCAGUGAU